AUGCCUCAUCUUUCCAAUGUACAAAAUGUUGUUGUUGUUGGCGGUUCGCUGGCUGGACUGAUGCACGCCCUGACCAUCAUCGUCCACUGUCCUUCAGCCAAAGUCACCAUCCUGGAAAGAUCACCGACCGCUCUUUUACACAAUCAGGGUGCAGGAGUUGUUGCUGGAUCAGAUACACAGUCUUUCUUCUCCCGCUACGUUUGUCCUGGGCAGGACUUUGCCGUUCUGAGCAAGCAGAGGCAAUAUCUGGACCGCAAGGGCGAGAUCAUCAAAGGAAGUGCUGAGAGAAGGGAGCAAAGAAUGACAAGCUGGGACACUCUCUACCGCUUCCUAAGAUGGAGGGUAGACGAUAUGGAUAUCAAAGACUAUAUCUCAAAUUCGGACCUCGAGAGACUGGAAGACAGGCUUUCUGGUCUCAGCCAUGGAAAGGCAAAUUACCAGUAUGGCUGUAACGUCAGAUCUGUCGAAGAUCUUGGAUCCUCGGAGGGUGUACGCGUACGUUGGUUGAACAAGUCUGAGAAAGAGGAGGAAAUGACUGCAGAUCUAGUAAUAGCUGCCGAUGGAGCGAGCUCAUCAGUACGCAGGACGCUACUCCCAACCGUUGAACGAACUUAUGCUGGUUAUGUCGCCCUUCGGGGUACAGUUCCUGAAGGCGACCUCUCUGAAUCUGCCGCGAAAGCUUUUAUUGAGAAGUUUUCAUUUUACCACGCUGAUGGCACGCAAAUUCUGGCCUACGUGAUUCCAGGAGAAAACGGUACACUAGAGCCGGGCAAAAGGUUGAUGAAUUGGGUCUGGUACAGGAACUACAAGGAAGACAGCGAUGAGUUGAUAGACCUGAUGACAGGAAAAGACCAGUCACGUCAUCACAUCACUCUGCCUCCUGAUCAGAUGAAGGUCGAGGUCUGGGCAAAUCAGAAGCAAGCUGCUAAGGAUAUUUUGCCACCUCAGUUCGCUGAGCUGGUCAACAAAACGGAACACCCAUUUGUCCAAGCUAUUACCGACAAUAUCUCACCGAAGAAUGAGUUCUUUGGUGGGAAACUAUUAUUGGUCGGAGACAGUUUGGCUGGAUUCCGUCCACACACGGCUGCCUCAACUAGCCAGGCUGCUUUCGAUGCGUCGACUUUGGGGGAGUGGUUCGAAGGCAAGAUUGAUAAAGAUCAGUACAACAGCAGGGUUCUGAGGUAUGCUGCAGAAACCCAGAGGCAUGGCGUCGAGCUCGGUGAGAGGAGUCAAUUUGGCAGACAUCCUCUUCUCGCUAGCUGCUACGGCGAUACUUCUUACUGCAAGUUAUUCCGGGUGGUGUGUCUGUGA